AUAAAGUGUUGAGGUUUGGGCGUUAAAAUGCCACCAAAGUUAAGAAAAGAUAAUUUUGAUAAUCCUCCCGAAUCCCUGGCUGACGUUGUGAAUCUUCUUGCCGGGAUUAAAUCCUCAAUCGACACUUUGGACAGCAAUUUUGAGACUCUGAAUUUAAAAUUGGAGAAAUUAAAUGAGAGAGUUGAACGCCAGGAAAGUUCUUAUUCUGAGAUUAAAUCUGAAAUCAACUAUCUUGAACAAAGAGGUCGCAAUAAUUCUCUCCGAUUAUUUGGUCUCAAGAUUGACGAAACUACCGCUAAAUGUGCGAUGAAAACCUCUAAGUUCGUUUACAAGAAUAUUCUUCAUCCGAUCCUGUGUAAAGCUGUGGAGGAGAAGGAUAUUUCCCAGAUUCCUGAUGCUUUAUCCUUGAUUGAAUAUUGUUAUGUUCUUCCUGCUCCUAAGAACCAUCCCAGUUCAACUCCAAUUAUAGUCAGACUUCAUUCCCGUCUUAUCCGUCUACUGAUCUUUCGGUACAAGAGAGAUUUUUUCUCUAGUAACAAAGAUCUCAAGGGUUGUUUCAUAACUGAAGAUCUCACCAGUCAAACCUGCUGUCAGCUGAAUGAACUAAAAGCCAAAGAGAACACCCUGAAAGCUUGGACCUUGAACGGACGAAUCAAGUUUACAACCAAGGAUUCACCUGAUCAAGGCCUGUUUGGUGACCAGUUGGAUGACUUGUUUGUUGACCUGUUUGGUGGCCUGUUUGGUGGUCUGUAUGGUGAUGUGACCUAUUUGGUGAUCUGUUUGGUGAACUACUCCUUGAUCUGUUUCGUGACCUGGUUUCAAUCUCUUGGAUCUAACUCUUGGAUCCAUCUCUGAGCAAAGCUUAUGGCAGUCCUGCUCCAAGGUCUGCUUUGAUCAGCAGGUUCUGUGUUUUUAAUAUCAUCCUUCAUAUAGUUCAACUCCUUGGAUCUUUUUCUUGGAUCUAUUUCCGAGUAAAGCUUAUUGCAGUCCUACUCUAAGGUCUGCUUUGAUCAGCAGGUUCUGUGUUUGUUUUUUUCUCCUGGUUUCCUUUUUUCUUUUUUAAUUUCAUCCCUUAUAUAUUCAUUUAGUCUGUAUUUAAUCCAUUAUAAUCAUCUAUUUUACAUCCUUCAUAUAUUUAUUUAGAAUGUAUUUAAUCCAUUACCAUCUUUUAUUUUACAUGAUUUCUAUAGUUAAUGUUUUGGUUGACUCAUCUUAACUGUUAUUCAACCUCAUCAUCCUAUAUGUCACUUGGAGUGUAUUUUGUAAUACUGUACUCAUACUGUACUCAUUUCUGCCUAAAUCUUUUACUCUAGAAUGUGCUUGUUGGAAUUUUCAUUGCUGCUGCUGGAUGGAGGUUUUUGUAGCUGGAGCUUCUGUUAUUCUUAUUUAUCAUGGAGCUUCCUGAUAGUGACGAGGUCGGUACCCUUAACUCUAAUAUGGAGCUUGAUUUUAUUCAUGCUAUGAAUUCUUUAAAUGAAUCCCGUUCAAACUUUGAUUUACCCUUUCAUGAUCCCUACAUUGAUUCUGACCUAAACUGUCUAUUUUAUGACGAAUUAAAUUUUCUUAAUAAGUUCAAUUCUUAUAGAGAUUCAAUUAUAUUGAAUGCAAAUAUUCAAAGUCUACAAAGCAAAUAUAACAAACUUAGAGAUUUUGUUGUUUCUCUUGGCACUAAUGAUAUUCCCGUUGAGAUUAUAUCCUUGCAAGAAAUUUGGUCUGUUCAUGAUGUUGAUCUUUAUGAUCUGCCUGGUUUUCAAAAAUUGAUUUUCAAAGUAAGAGACAAAAGUAGAGGUGGGGGGUGUGGGUUUUUAUGUAAAAUCUGGACUUAACUACUAUAUCAAUAAUGAUUUUUCAGCUUUUCAUGAGAGAAUCUUUGAAUCUAUUUGUAUUGAUGUUGAGUUUAAAGCUGGCAAAAAAAAUCGUUUUGUUAAUAUUUACAGACCUCCAGGGAACCAUCCCUUCCUCAGUCAAUCUGAUCAAUCAGCUGCUUUUUUAUUGAAUUUACCUCUUUAUUAUCUAGACUUUCCUUGGACGCUACUGAAACUUAUAUUCUCAUGGAUAGUAAUAUUAAUUUAUUAAAUAUUUCUGGAAAUCCAGCUAGUUUAAAUCUUCUUGAAUCAUGUUUAAGUAAUGGGUUUCUUAAUAUUGUGACUAAAGCUACAAGAACAUCUCAAAACAGGUUUUCUUUGAUUGAUCAAAUAUUUACUAAUUCAAAUGGCUCAAAAUAUAUGUCUGGUGUAAUUUUGAAUGAUAUCUCUGACCAUUUCUUCACCUUUUCCUCAUUUAAUUCUUCUAAAAGUAUCCAGAAGCCAAAGUUAAAGACGUCUUGGAAAUUUAAUGAUCAGAAUAUUGCUAUGUUUAAAAAUAACUUAAACAAUUUUAGCUGGGAUCAUUUGUUUGAAAUAGACGAUGCUGAAAUGGCCUUUGACAGUUUCUGGGAUUCUUUUAUUGCCCUGUUUAAUUUACACUUUCCUAUUUGUCGUGUGGUUUUUAAUAGAAAUUUCCAUAAAAUUCAAGGAUUUAUGACAAAGGGUCUCUUAACCUCUCGUAGAAAUAAACUCAGAUUGCUUACUGUUUCUGUUUCGUGCCCUUCUGCUGAAAAUAAGAAUAUUUACAAGAAAUAUAGAAACAUGUACAAUAAUUUGGCUAGAAUAAGUAAAAAGGCAUAUUUUGAAACAAAUCUAAAUGAUCAUAAGAAUAACCCUAAAAAGGUUUGGAAAUCCGAUAAUUUUGAUAAAAUAACCUUGACUGAUGAAGUAGUAACUGACUCGCCUAAGAUAGCAAAUGCUUUUAACUCUUAUUUCUCUGAAAUUCCUACUAAAAUUAGUGAAAGUAUUCCGGAAACUUGUGUUUUAGCCUCCAGUUAUCUUUCAGACUCUGAAAAGUCUUUUGAAAUUGGUGAAUGUGAUAUUUUAAUCAUUGAAGAGUUAAUAAACAGUUUAGAAUCUAAAGAUACUCAAGAUAUUUAUAAUCUAAGCUCUUCAUUUCUGAAAAAUAUAUCUAAAUGUCCAGCUAAACCAUUGGCAUUCAUAUUUAAUCUAUCAUUUAAAACUGGUGUUUUUCCCUCUAAAUUAAAAGUAUCUCGAACAGUACCUGUUUAUAAGGCUGGGAA